AUGUGCGGAUGCUUCCAGUUCUCCAAGCUCCGGGACUUGCAGCGACGCUUCGCCUUGUUCCGCGGCGACUCCGCCCGGAGCUGGCUGGGCCGACGCGAGUAUUGGGAGGCGGCCUACGCCUCCGGGCGCUACAAAGACGUCUACGAAUGGAAUCAGACCUGUGAUGCUAUUUGGCCGUACGUGACAAAGAUGCUUGGCCAAAGCUUUGGAAGCCGAGUGCUGCACGUGGGCUGUGGCAACAGCCGAUUGGGUCGCACGCUCCACGACGCUGGCUUUGUCCGUGUGACGAACGUGGACUACAGCGACGCGGUGAUCGAGAUGAUGAGGCGCCAGGAGCCGCAGCUCACGUGGCUCUGCGUGGAUUGCGCCGCCCCCGGCGCCCUCGGCGCGGAUUGCUUCGACUUCUGCAUCGACAAGGGCGCCAUCGACUCGCUCUUUGAGUCGAACACGAAGGCAAUGUGGGAAAAUGGCUGCUCGAUGGUGCGGGAAAUUCAUCGCGCCUUGAUUGACGGUGGCAAGUACCUCGUGAUCAGCAACGGUGGCGUCGGCAUUGAGAUUCUGCGAGCAACCUUCAGAAGUGUAGAGGUGGAGCACAUGGAAGGCUAUGCUUGCGAUUUGUACUACAAGCUGAUAACCGUUAUUCUGUGUACCAAGUGA